AAACAUGAGUCAGCACAAUCACUGUCUGCUCUUAGAGUCACGCCCCCUUCCACAAGACCACCCCUUCCUCCCUUCCCCUCACCUCCAGGAACCAGAGGGAAAACGAAAGUGGUCCCGAAAGAAGAGUCCCGACGACUAUAUGAGGUGGGUCCACAAUGAGCGGGUCCCAGUGUGAGCUACCCGAUCAGGUAGCAAAGUGGACCACAAAGGAUGUCGCUCGCUGGCUGACCUCAGAGGUCCAAGUUCAUCCGACUUUUGCAGAGAAGUUUGAAAAAGAAGAUGUGUGUGGAGAAUUCCUACUGACCUUUGAGAAAAAAGAAAUAUUGGACAUGGGUAUAAAACAUGGUCCUGCGGUCAAAAUCGCCAGGUACCUGGAAAAGUUGAAGAAAGAAGAAAAAGGUUCUGAGUUGGAGUCUCGAAUUCCCUGCCUUGUUGAGCAGUGGACCAAAGAAGAGGUGUACCAGUGGUUGCUUCCUCAUGUGAAAAACAACAAGCAAUAUGCAGAACAGCUCCUACAGGAAGACGUCUCUGGAGACUGUCUGCUUUUCUUUGGGAAGAAGGACUUCAAAGACAUCGGCAUCAGAACCGGUCCAGCUGUGCACAUUCUGAAAAAACUUGCCGAACUCAAAAACCAAAUGGAGCCGCCGCUGCAGCCCAGCAUUACCACAGACGAACAGAAGGUGGCCAUUGCUCAGGCACAAGCUAAAGCUGACUCUAAAAAAGUGAGUCAAAAGCUGGCUCCUUCAACAAAGAACAUUCCAGAUCCCAGACUGAACCCGCAGGUUGUGCUGUCCAAGAAGAAACAAGUCAAGGACGCAGUCCAGAAAGACGCCUGCAGGAGAUUGACGCUCCAGAACAUAUUGGAGGAACUUGGAAAAGAAGACUUUAAAAAAUUUCAGUUCUUCUUACGCGACAAAAAUAAUGAGAAGAAUGUGCAAAUUCCUUGGGGCAAAUUGGAGGGCAAGGACAGGGUGGACACCGCCAAAUUACUGAGCGACCACCACGGGGACCAGGCCUUAACAGUGACACAAGAGCUUCUGGUCCAAAUCAAUCAGCACAAUCUUGCUAGCAGACUGACAAAUGUCAUGGUUCAGUCAGGUCAGCUGAUGUCCUGCUCGGAAGAGGCGGCGUUAAAGAGAGAAGCGAACCAAGGAGAAAAACUGAAAAAUCUGCUGACGUGCGGUGGUAACACCCUGGACAGCUAUGAUCGAUUUGUUGUGGUGGUAAACAAGAGCAGCCCAGAACAAGUCCAGCACCUCCACUUUCUGACCAAACUCCAACUGUUCUGCGUCUUGGACUUUGACCCAAACUCCAACAGCCCUCAGGGAUUGUGUCACUCCUACAAAGAGACACGGGUGGCCAAUCUGCACUCCCCAUCUCAGUAUCAGGGCCGAAUGGACUCUGUGGUGACCAACCACAACCUCUACGAUCAGACCAGCUGGGUCUUCUGCAAUGGCAGACACGACAUAAACAGCGAAGCCAACAAGGAGCUGGACUACAAGACGUGGUGGAAGAAAUCUUGCAAAGAUGUUGAGCAGUUGGUUGCAUUAAUUUGUAGCUGUGACUUUGUUCGUUAUGGAAGAGGCCUCAUCGUUUUCCUCCUGCUGUCGCCUGUGGACACGGACAAGGACCCGUUUUUUGAGACCUACAGGUCUUUCUUGAAACACACAGAGGAGCAAAGCAUCAUCACUAUUUGUGAGUCCGCGAGCGCCUACGCCAAAUGGAAGGAGCUCAUUGUUGAGAAGUUUGACUUUGACAUGGACCCGCUCUCCGUCUACGAGCUGACCCUCAGCCAGGUCAAUGGAACCGUGAUGGCGCUGGCGCCGUUCAGCCAGUCGCCUGCAAAGCUGCUGCCGUCGUCAGACUCCAGCGCCGUGGUGCUGAAACAGAAGGACGAAGACUUAUUGACGGCUUUGGACAUUUUGUGCCUGAAUCAGUGUGAAAAUGUCUAUGAAGACGAAAGCGGUCCUGAGUUUCAAGACUUUCGGAUGCGACAGGAGGAGGAAUUCUACCGAGGAGGCAAAGUCAAAUGGUGGAACUUUUACUUCUGUGACAAGGACAGUAAGAAGACAUUUGUCAAGAGAGACAAGUACCAAAAUGUGAUGGGAAUGAUUCGCUCUCAGCAGAGAGACAGCAGAAAUGCUUGUGUGCUGCUGAAUUUCUUCCAUCAUCCAGGCUGUGGCGCUACCACCUUAGCCAUGCACGUCAUGUGGGACCUUCGCAACGACUUUCGAUGUGCGGUGUUGAAAGACACCAUGCUACCUAAGGAGGACGUAGCCGAUCAGAUUAUAUAUCUCAUGAAGCUGGAAAGUGGAAUGCCGUCUCCGGUCUUGCUGUUGGUGGACGACCUAAAGGAGACUGAUAGUACUCCCGACCUUGUCAACUGCAUCCGCAAAGCGGUGGAGUACUCGGCCAACUUGAAUGUGGACGACACACCAAACUGCAAAGUCAUUGUCCUGAACUGUGUUCGCUCGCACAGCCCAAAAGAACAGUACAAGCAUCACAACUCUACACAGUGUCAGUUCAUCACCGCUUCGCUGUCACGGCACGAGCAGGGAGAGUUCGAGAAGAAACUGGAAGAACUGCAGGAAACACAUGAAAAGCCCGAAAACUUUUACACCUUCAUGAUCAUGAAGAGCAAUUUUGAUCAGAAGUACAUCAAGGAUUUGGCUCGCAAUACACUGAAGAACUUUGACAUUGACACUGAGGAUGACAAACUCUUUGCCUUUCUGGCCUUGCUGAACACCUAUGUCUCGGAAUCGGGAAUUGCACUGUCGCUUUGUGAAGACUUUUUUAGGGUGAAAAUGACGCGCCACCCAGAGGACUGCGUGUUGGACAGGAUGAAGGUCUACUCCAACGUCCUUAUUGUAGACAGAGUGGAAGAGUGCGGAGGAUACAAAAGACUUCGGAUCCUCCAUCAUACCAUUGCGGACGCCUGCUUGGAACAGUUGGAGCGGGGCUACUUCCUGAUGGUCAGCGACAUCACCUUGCAGAUGCUUCACUACGAUCUGUUCUUCAGGGAAGGCGUGGUCAAAGACAGACUGAUGCUCUCCAUUGAACGCAUGUUGAUUAGAAGACAACGCAAGAAGGAUGGCGAUGAAAGGGAGCCGUUCUCUCCCCUCAUAGACAAAAUCCACCAACAGCAGGGGGGACAAACUGUGCAGGACAUCUUUGUGAAAGCGUCCUCCAGGUUUAGUCAGAGGGCAUCUAUCCCUCAGGCCCUGGCGCGGUAUCUGUACAUCAACGAGCGAGACUUUCCUGAGGCGCUGAAGUGGGCCGAGAAGGCCAGGAACAUCGCAGAAAACCCAUACACAAUAGACACGAUUGGACAAGUUUACAAAAGUAACCUGAGAUCAAAUAUGGACAAAGAAAAACAAGAGAUGUCUCACAAUCCGCAGGACUUGGAUACCAACAUUCACUUAGCCAUCAAUGGGAUCAGAGCUUUCCAACGAGCCCAAGAGCACUCGGACAGAGAGGACAAUUUGCAAGUGGACAAGCCCGAUGAUGAGUCAGGCAACUUCCCCCGAAAAUCAUACAAUAUUUUUGGUCAUGUGGGAGUACUAGAAAUGUCUUUCCUUGUCUUUGAGAUCCUGGCUAAGCUACCUUUCUUCGAGGAACGUGACCCCAUGAAGAAGAAGUACUUGCAGAGUUUUCUGAACGGCUCCAUUCCAAUCGGUAGCGUUCACAAAGACAGUAGCCACGUAAACGACAGAUAUGCAGAGAUCAUCAAGGACCACGAGCUCUUCCUGGUCCAUCUGAAGCCUGAAGUCAAAAAGAAGUUUGACUUCCUCAACUGUUACUUCACCUACACCAAAGGCAACUUUGAGUUUGACACCGUCAACCACAGAACAGUAUGUGACCACUUUAAAAAGUACGUGGAUCUCUUCUGCACGGCGCCAGAGGAGCUGAGAAAAGUGAAAGAGGACAAUCCCAAGCUGAAACUUAACUUGAUCAUUGAAGAACACAGGAUGUAUUUGGAAAAGAACCAAGCGGACACCUUCUCUGGAAUUCUUCAACACUUGGACAGGCCUGCCGAAGAGAUGGAGAAAAUUGUGCAAUGUUUCGCUUUUUUGCAACAGACAGUCAAACAAAAACACAACAUUCAAGUGAAAAUCAAUUACAUUUUGGCUAAUGUAGUUCUUUACAUUCUCAAUCCAAAGUCCAAGCUGGUGAAGAGCUACAAGCAGCUGUGUGAUUUGCUUCUGGAAGCUCUACAGGCUGUUGGACACCAUUACACCUUCCCAGACCCGUACUACCUGGCUCUCCUCUUCUUCUGGCCCACACUGUCUGAGGAAAACUCAGAAAUUCGAACAUACCUCAAUGCCAUCCGCUAUUCGUCCCGCAAGCACCUGUCCAAGUUGUUCUACAAGAGGAGCACUAUUGCACACCUGUACUUGGGAAGAGAGGAUGGACUCAAGAGACUUGUGUCAAAACCCAGUCUGGAUAAGAAUUUUCUUCCCAAAAUGCCACGUGACACACUGGCACAACUUUGGUGGAAUGGAGACAUCUUUAAGGAGAAAGACAUCAGCAGCCGCCUGCUCCGAGUCAGCGGAACCAUCGAGCAGGGAGAAGUCUUCGCCAACUACGGUAGACUGAAAAUUCCUGUGCACCCAGCGCGCAGGAGCGGAAUUAGAAGCGGAUGCAGCACAGAGAAGAUAUCCUUUUAUCUGGGAUUUGCUGUCAAUGGGCCGCUGGCGUACGAUAUUCAGUAUGAAAAUUAGUGUCUGUAUGUAAAUAUUCACUUAUUGUAAGAGGUCAUCCUCAGGGAAAAAACAUCCUGAACAAAUAAAUGUGACAUUGUUUUCAUGGAGGUGUCUCACACUAUUUUUUACUCAAUAAACUGACAGCUUUGACUAACUUAUCCCACUUAGAAGCUUUGCAGAAUUGAGAAUUUGCAGGAUUUGUAGUUGAUUAGGUGAGGAAACUGAAACUUUGUGAUGAUGAAACAGUUCUUUAAUGUAUUGUUAGUAUCUAGUGUACAGGUGUCUUUUAGCAUACAUCGUUUAUGAAAAAAGCAGCAUGAUUCAAUAUGAAAACCUCAAUAUUUAGUGCGUGCUUGCUGGCGAGGAGCAGAUGAAUGCGUGUUCAGUUUCGGCGCUACAGUUUGUCGACGUCCAACGCGAGGCCUGUUCGACCAGCACGCACUCCGAGGCAGCGUCAGGCUCAUCGGGUCCUGGCACCGACAUCUUGACUAGCGGCGUCUGCUUUCCAACACUCAGACCUCCAGGCUGGCCUGAGGAGCAGCAAGACGAAGCCAUGGCUAAAGAGAUGCAGCUUCAGGUUUGGCUUUUUAUCAAGUUGUCAUGUUGUUACUCACUGAUCCAAAAUGGCUUCCUCCCACCAAACUUCCACAGCCAUGUAAGGUCCCGUCUGGACCGAACACUAGCCAGGCUACUGUUAAACCUGUAAAAUGGGUGAUUUUAGUGACGCUAACUUGAACACUGACCACUUAGAUUAUCAAGUUGGUGGGGGAAAAGCAUACAGGAAG